CCUCUACUGAGCUAUCUCACAACACAAGCACCAGAAGAACGCUGAACAAGAACACAAGGGAACACUGGAGCUUUCAGAAUUUCUUUUGAUGCAACGUUUAUGAAUAUUUAUAACAACAAAAGCAGUUAUCAGGUAGGUACAGGAGGUUCCGGAAGAGAUAUGACGUCGUCGGGUCUGGUCUUGCUGGUUCUGCUGCAGUGCCUGUGCUGCUCAGGUGUGCCAGUGCUGAGGUUCUCCUUUAGGCCCAUGGCCCAGUGGGCAGUCAGAAUGACACAGGACCAGAUUAACCAGCGCUCUGCAAGACCCCGCCUGUUCAGGGUCGCCAACAGCGUCGUGGAACGGAUUGCCCAGGUGGAUAUGACCACCUAUGAUCUCCACCUGGACUUUGACGUCAGAGAGACCGUGUGUUCAAAAGGCUUGGAACCCUACCUGGAUGUAUGUCGUUUCAGAAGCAGGAAGCGACAGAUGGAGGUGUCCUGCUCCAGUGUAGUGCGUGUGGCAGGCCAGUUUAGCAGGCUUCAGAGUCUGGACUGCAUGCCUGCCCAGAGCUCCAGCUCCGAGUCCAGCAGUGAGGAGAUGAUCAUGUUGCAGAACGUCCAGAUCUUCCAACAAAGCCCUGGGAUUACUGUAUGUGACGGAGCUCUCCGCUGUGCUCCCUAUGUACUGUAGAUCACUAUUCCUGUUGUUAAUGGUCAAACUAAAUGGCUCUGGAAAUAGAUGGACACACAGGAGGAAUAAAGCAAU